UACGUUUGCGUUUUGAGUUAACGGUCUAGAUGGCGAAAAGCCAAAGUUCAAGAGCGAUUGACGAUGCUCUUUUCGAUGCUGUUGUGCAAAAGGACGUACUAAAGGCCUACGAAGCAAUCGCGAAGAGCGCUGACGUCAAUGUUGUAGCAAGACAUUGGGGAAAGUAUGGUACUGGAUUGGGUGGUUAUCCAUCUGCUCUUCAAGUAGCGUGUGGUGUUGGAUCAACCGAUCGCGAUAUGGUUGAUCUACUUAUAAGAAAAGAAGCCAAUGUGAAGUAUCAAGAGAAGGGGUUUGGAUGGACAGCUCUACACUAUGCAAGUGAUGGUGGUCAUGUGUCUAUUAUGAAGAGAUUGGUAGCUGCUGGUUGCAACAAACAAGUAAAAAGCAAUUAUGCAUUGACAGCUCUACACGUUGCUGGUAAUGUUGAUGUUGUUGAUUAUCUGUUGAGUAUUGGUCUCAACAUUGAAGAUCGUGAUAAGAAUGGCUACACACCAUUUCUCAGGGCAUGUUCUGAUGGUGGUUUACCUGUAGCACAACGUCUCAUUGAAUCAAAGUGCAACAAAGCAGCAACAACUAAUGAAGGAGCGACAGCUGUACACGUUGCUCGUAAUGUUGAGGUUUUUGAUUAUGUAGUGGGCAUUGGUCUCAACAUUGAAGAUCGUGAUGCGGAUGGCUACACACCAUUUCUCAUGGCAUGUCAUGUUAGUUGUUUACCUGUAGUACAACGUCUUAUUCAAUCAAGGUGCAACAAUGCAGCAACAACUAAUGAUGGAUCAACUGCAUUACAUCUGAUCUGUUCACGGAGUUUUCUUGAGAAUGACAAUUUAUUAGUUGUGCAGCUGUUGACAUCAUUGAGAGUUGAUGUGUCAGCUAAGAACAAUGCUGGCGAAACUGCAAUUCAACUAGGAGAAGAAAGGUUGCAGUCAGAUCAGGGCAGUCACAAAGAAACUCGUUCUGCUAUACUUUCCCAUUUGAAGGAAUUCAUCGAGGAAAGUGCUGUUGCGGCUGUAAAUCCAUCACCAGAUGUUGUAGAAAGUGCAAACAUUGAUGUCCAACUUCCCAGUGCUAUUGAUCGUCUGGGUCCAUCUGUGAAAUCUGAUUACGAAAAUGCUUUGAAAAAGGGAGAGUUACCAAUACUACGAGGAAACAUCGAUAUGUUUGGUGAAGAAGAUGCCGGCAAGUCUUCUCUUGGAGAUUCUUAUUUGGACGAGCCAUUUAUUGAUAAGAGGGAAAGCACGAGAGGAGCACACGUGAUAGUGAUGAGAAUUGGAGGCGGUUCGAACACGGACUGGAAGGAACUGAAACCAGAAGACAAAGAACAGAUCAUUGAUCAAGUUUUGGUCAGAGGCUGUCAUGAGUAUGUUAAAAAGCAGCACCGAGAAGGGGCAGCGGACAGUAGAGAAGAAGUAACACAAGACGACGAGGGAGAUUCUGUCAUCGAGCAGACAAGUCAACCAGCCGAACAACAUCCGGCGAGUAGUACCAACACUGUAGCUUUAGCAAAAGAGAGACAGACAACCGAACGGGAAGGCAGCAUCACAGUAUUGAAGAAGUCGCUACACGAUUUUCUGUUCUCCACAGAACUAACCGAGGUGCAAGCAGCAUUUGUAGAUCUACUGCGUCGUGACAAGGCUGAAUUAGAGAAAAGUAAAAUGAUGAUGUUGAUCACAUUGUGUGAUCGCGGCGGUCAAGAGCGGUUUCUGAUGACGCACGCAGCACUGAUGGCAGACAGCAGUGACUACAGUGCAACCGCUUACAUGAUAGUGAUGGAUGCAACAAAGAAUCUUGCAGAUCCCAUACCUCAUUGUUUGUUCCGACCAAAACAAGGAAGCGAACAGUUGGUGAUGGAACGGUUUGGUCCUAAGACGAGACGUGAGCUGUUGGCUUACCACAUGAAUUGCAUCAAGAUGGCUCAUCCAUCAGUGAGUGAUGGUCCUUUUCUCGGUCAGGACUAUGUCAAGCGAGCACCAGUCACAUUUGCAGUGUCCACUCGAGAAGACGAAACAAAGAACAUGGAUCCAAAAUUUUUAGAAGAACAAGAAGAAAUACUGCAAGAUGUGGUGCAGAAGAACAAGUUUGGUGAGCACAUGGUGUUGGCAGAGAAAAAUCCUAAUAAACUGACUUUUCGUGUUGACAACACACGAUCUGGCACCAAGAAUCCUGAUCCGGUGGUGAUGAAGGUGAAGGAGAUAUUUGUAGCAAUGGUACGGUCACUGUGGAGUCAACGACAGGCUAUUCCUUUGCCGUGGGCAGUUCUGGAUAAAUUGUUGGGCAGGGUGUCUCAACUAGCAGGCAACGAAGGCAAAAUACUCGACAUCGACGAAGUGUGCGAGUUGGCUCGAAAAUUCUGUGAUAUUGUAACAGUUGGAGAAUGUCGAUCGGCACUGAAAUAUUUGUCGAGUUUGAGCACGAUUGCAUUCUAUUCAAAUGUAAGUGAGUUAGAAAGAAAGGUUUUCACUGAUCUACAGUGGCUGGUCAAUGUCCUCACUGUGUUUGUGACCAUCUUUGAUAAGAAAAACAUUCCUCCAUAUUUAUGGGAGGAUAUCAACAAAGUGGAGAACGAAGGAUUGAUGUCUUGGCAUUUGGCUCAGUAUUUGCUAGAGAAGGAAGGAGUCAAUGAGAAUCAGUUUGUGGCCAUCCUUCAAGUGAUGCAUCUAUUCGACAUCAUCUGUCCCAUGAAUACGUCACCCGAGAUGCCGAAGUCUGUCUUGGCAGUUGGGCAGUCAUUUUUUAUUCCCUGCUUGUUGGCACAAAUAUAUGAGAGGCAGAUGGUAUGGCAACAGAAUGUCGGUUCUACUCGGUUUCCUCCAUCUCUCAUCUUUCGUCCCGAGGGAUUUGAUGCGACUCCCGAGGUGAUCUACUUUCGCCUGGUGUCUCGUUGUGCCAGUGAAUAUGCCCAUCCUCGUCCCAUGCUGAAAAGAAGAUAUGCUGUCUUCCAUGUGAAUGAUGAUCUUGAGCUCGAUCUGGAACUGGUUUAUCAUAAACUGCGCUACAUUAUUGCUACUGUCUACUGUCCAGAUGAUGCAAUUUGUAUGAAUGAGCUGAAACAACAAUGUAGCAUUACUCGUUGGUUUCUUAUUCGUCAGCUAAAUGAAGUCAAGAAAAGAGGAUUGGAUGGCAUCAAAUUUACUGUUUGUGUUAAGCCUCCACCAACUGAAGCCGAAGUGGCUGGUUUAAUAGAUGACGAUUGUCUGGUGUGCAUUGAUGAAUAUCCACAACAAAGAAGUUUGAUAAACCGGAAGAAUGAGCGUGUGUCACGAAAGCAGUUUCCUACCUUGGAUCUCUGGUUUAAAGACGCAGGGAAAGUCUUUGAUGGUGCAAUCGGAAGUGAUGCAAGACAACAAGACGAGCCACAGACAAGAUACUCACCUGAUUUUGAGACAGUGAGACGAGCUGUUGUUAAACAUGGCUGUAACUAUUGGUAUGAGAUUGGAAUGGAAUUGGAACUAAAUGACAAUGAGAUCACAGAAAAAACUCAUGUAAUACCUUCUUUCCCUGGCAAGUUGAUGGCUGUCAUUGAGGCAAAAAGGAAGAAAGAUGGAAAAGUAAAAACAGCAGAGGACUUGUUGAAGGCAUGCUAUUGCAUACCCACACCAAUUGGCAAACAAGUCGAAGACGAAUUGAAGAAAGAGAGAAAAGGGUAGGCGACUACCAUGCUACAGGAGGCAAAGAUAAAAGUGAACAUUACUGCAGUAGUGUUGUUGAUAUCACUAUGGUGUAUGGACAUUUAUAUUUGUCAAAAGAGUAUUACUAAUAGACAAUGUUUCUAUUGCAUUUUAUUAUGAAGUACAAUUGAUUGUUUGAAUGGUGUGUAUAUGAUAUCACUGCAUGUGUCUAUGUAAAUCACUGAUUCGAAUAUGUUUACAACC